AAUACAAAGAGAUUUAUUAUUAUCAUAUCUAUCUGGCGAGUGAGCGAAGUUGUGCAGACACAAACGGAGGGCAGUAGUGGUCGUCUACUUCCCCUGCGCUCCUCCGCCGUCUCCUCCUUCUCUGCCUCCUCCUCUUCCUGUUUUUUUUUCUUAUCUGCUUGUAUGCCGCUCCGAGUCGAACUCGAUACAAUCUAAUCACACUUCCACAUUCAUUCCGCUCUUCCCUCCUCGUCUCUUUAUCUAGAAUUUCAUACGUAACGCAUACUUGAGACCCACAAACAAGUGUUUCAAGAUUCACCAAAUUAAACAUUGAUAUUCUUCAUUAUCUGUCUAGAACUCUCGUUGUUGCUUUACAAAUUCAAGAAAAUGGAUUGUUGGUCUCCUUCGUUGAAUGUCGAUCAAGAAUUUGCCAAGCUUCUAAAUCGUAUGCAUCCACCCAGGGUUACUGUCGAUAACAUCACAGACAGAAAAGCCACCUUGAUUAAGGUUGACAGUGCCAACAAGCGAGGGAGCUUGUUAGAAGUGGUUCAGGUUUUGACCGAUUUGAAUAUACUAAUCAAAAGAGCUUACAUUUCUUCAGAUGGCGAAUGGUUUAUGGAUGUAUUCCAUGUUACUGAUCAGUAUGGAAACAAGCUGACAGAAGAUAAUGUUGCUGAUCGAAUCCAACAGUCACUUGGCCCAAGAGGGUGCAGUUUCAGAUCGUUAAGGGGCUCAGUCGGGGUCCAAUCAGCCAUGCAACACACCACCAUCGAGUUAACCGGGCGUGAUCGACCCGGUUUACUUUCUGAAAUCUUUGCAGUUCUUUCAGACCUAAAAUGCAAUGUUGUAGCUGCAGAAAUCUGGACUCAUAAUUCAAGAAUGGCGUCAAUUGUUUACAUAACCGAUAACUCGACCCGACUCCCGGUCGAAGAUCCCGAUCGACUCACUAAAAUCAAACACCUUCUUGUGUCCAUUUUAAAAGGUGAUAAAGAUAAACGGGGCGCCCAAACCGCGGUUUCCCUCGGGUCGACCCAUACCCAAAGAAGGCUCCAUCAAUUGAUGUAUGCAGAUAGGGAUUAUGAUCCAGAUGGGUCUGAUUCUGAUCUAUCUACAAUCUCCAACAAUGAGAAACCUUUAGUGACAGUUGAAAACUUUAGUGAAAAAGGGUAUACUGUCGUUAAUGCAAAGUGUCGCGAUAGACCUAAGUUACUGUUUGAUGUUGUUUGUACACUGACUGACAUGCAAUAUGUCGUCUUUCAUGCCACCAUCAUCGCCGAAGGAGCUGAAGCUUCUCAGGAAUUUUACAUACGACAUACAGAUGGAUGCCCGAUUAGUUCCGAAGCCGAGAGACAACGUGUAAUUCAUUGCCUUGAGGCAGCUAUCAAGAGACGAAUUUCAGAGGGCGUGAGGCUAGAGCUAAGUGGGGAAGACAGGGUGGGGCUUUUAUCGGAUGUGACUCGGAUCUUUAGAGAAAACGGGCUUUCGGUUACAAGUGCAGAGGUGACAACGAGAGGAUCAAAGGCUAUAAACACAUUCUAUGUGAUGGAUUCAUCUGGAGAUCAAGUUAAAAGUGAAACAAUUGAAGCAGUUCGAAGUGAAAUUGGUGAGUGCGUACUUAAAGUGAAGGAAGACAGCGUGUCAAUGGUGAAGAAUUCGAACUCUAAUUCACCCCCAACAGGGAGGUUUUCUUUGAGUCAUUUGUUUAGAACUAGAUCGGAAAAGUUUCUGUACACUUUGGGACUAAUUAGUUCGUGUUCGGAAGUAGCUUAAAGAAAUAGAGAAGAGGAUGAUGUUG